AAAGCGGUGGACGGUGUGCACACACCUUUGAGUGACAUGAUGACCUGAUGAGUGACAUGUACGUGUGGUGCCGCUCCUUGUCAGUGUGUUGCACACUCGGCCCAGCAGGGGGCAGGCGUCUCUUUUUCAUUCAUACCACCAAGUUUUUCCAACAGGAUGUGGAAAAACGUCGUGCGUCCUCCGCUGCUUGUUACCCUUCAGACCCAAACUUUUCUCCUGCUGGUCCCUGUUCAAAGGAGUGUUUCGGACCGAGCAGCGUCCGCGUCGCACCCGCCGUCAGCAUGUUCUCACGACCGAACCCUGCCUGCCUGUGCGCGCUGAGCGCCGUGUUCCUGCUCGUUUCGGGGGAGGAAGUGUCCGAGAGUCGCUCCGGGAUGAUCCAGGAGCUGCGGAGCGCCCUGGCUGACCUGGCCGGGGAGGGCAAGACCUACCUGGGCAGGCUGGCCGGCGAGCAGACGGUGCUGUCGGUGCAGAAGGCCUUCUCUCAGGUUCUGGGUGUUGUUGCGGAGGGUUUGGCCAGUGGUCUCAAUGUGCUCCUACAGCAUGUCUCACAUCUCCUGCAGGCUGCUGGAGUCCAAGUUGUCUUCCCCAUCAAUAGAGUGACUCCGGAGGGCCUUCUAUUUCUUGCCCAGUGGGUUCUUGUGGCUCUCAUUGGCUACUGGCUCGUCUCCUUCGCCUUCUGUUUGGUCGCCUCCACUCUGAGGCGGGCCGUGUGGCUGCUGAAAGUGGGCGUGGCCCUGGCCUGCUUUGGCUUCAUCCUGAGGGACCACAGCGUCGGCACAGAGACCCUGGCCGUCCGAUUGGCUGUCUUGGUGUGCGCCUGCGUCCUUUUGGGCGUCGGCACCUCCAAAGGCCCCGAUGCGGCCGACAAGACGGCUCACCUGGAGGAGCAGGUGAGGAUCCUGGAGAGGCGGCUCAGAGAGAUGGAGAAGUGGACGAAGGCGGAGUGAGUGGGUGACAUGAUGGAGCCGCGUGCCCUGCUGGGCUUCUGCAACCUCCAGGGACAAAUCUUUUUACACUUCAGAUGUCAAAAAAGUUAUGUUCUAAUGAUCUGUUACUGACACAAUAGAAUUACUCGGUCAUUCCUGGAAGCAGCGACCUGUUCAUCUUCAAGUGUCGCUGUUAAAUACUUGGAUUGAUACUGUCAAUCUUCUCAGACGGAAGAAGAAUAUUUGCACAUUUGAGGAUUUCAAACGGUUCCUUUUAACUCUAGAGAAUGGUAAUGAUACUUCCAGUCAGAUGUUUUGUCACAUUGGGACAAAUGUUCUCAUCUUAGUUUUUUACUUAGCCUGACACGCAGGUCAGAGGUGGGCUCUGAUUGGAUGUGGUUCAUGCUUUAGCCCCUUUUAUACUGAGAUCCUGUUAUAUUGCUGUUCCAGCACACACAAAGUAAUAAUAAAAGAAACAAAUAAAAUCAA